UCUCGGCCCAGCCCAGCAACAGCCAGUUCCUCUCCCACCGUGCCGGCCCGCGCUGCCUCUCGCUCCCCCGCGGUGGAGCCCCUGGGCCCGACGCGCUGCAGCCUCUGACCGCUGUAGGCGGGACAGUAGUCACCCGCGACCCCGAGCCUGCAACUCCUUGGCCAAGCGUCCUGUGUUCUCUGCCCGCAGCCCCUCAUUAGGAGGGCCCCGCUGGCCUGUCCCGUCGCGCCCCCGGUUUUGAACUCAAGUCACCGUGGAGCUCCGCCGCCGCCGACCCGAAACUUCAACCGCGAGCGGGAAAUAUGGGAUGUAUAAAAUCAAAAAGGAAAGACAAUCUGAAUGACGAUGGAGUAGAUUUGAAGACUCAACCAGUACGUAAUACUGACCGAACUAUUUAUGUGAGAGAUCCAACGUCCAAUAAACAGCAAAGGCCAAUUCCAGAAUCUCAGCUUUUACCAGGACAGAGGUUUCAAACUAAAGAUCCAGAGGAGCAAGGAGACAUUGUGGUGGCCUUGUAUCCCUAUGAUGGCAUACACCCUGAUGACCUGUCUUUCAAGAAAGGAGAGAAGAUGAAAGUCCUGGAAGAGCAUGGAGAAUGGUGGAAAGCUAAGUCCCUUACAACAAAGAGAGAGGGCUUCAUCCCCAGCAACUACGUGGCCAAAGUCAACACCUUAGAAACAGAAGAGUGGUUUUUCAAGGAUAUAACCAGGAAAGAUGCAGAACGACAGCUUCUGGCACCAGGGAACAGUGUAGGAUCUUUUCUUAUCAGAGAAAGCGAAACAUUAAAAGGAAGCUUCUCUCUCUCUGUCAGAGACUAUGACCCUGUGCAUGGUGAUGUUAUUAAGCACUACAAAAUUAGAAGUCUGGACAAUGGAGGUUAUUACAUCUCUCCACGAAUCACUUUUCCCUGCAUCAGUGACAUGAUUAAGCAUUACCAAAAGCAAUCAGAUGGCUUAUGCAGAAAAUUGGAGAAGGCAUGUAUUAGUCCCAAACCACAGAAACCAUGGGAUAAAGAUGCCUGGGAGAUCCCUCGAGAAUCCAUUAAGUUGGUGAAGAGGCUGGGCGCUGGACAGUUUGGGGAAGUCUGGAUGGGUUACUAUAACAACAGCACCAAGGUGGCCGUGAAGACCCUGAAGCCCGGCACCAUGUCUGUGCAAGCAUUCCUCGAAGAAGCAAACCUCAUGAAGACCCUUCAGCACGACAAGCUGGUGAGACUCUAUGCCGUGGUCACCAAGGAGGAGCCCAUUUACAUCAUCACCGAGUACAUGGCCAAGGGCAGUUUGCUGGAUUUCCUCAAGAGCGAUGAAGGUGGCAAAGUGCUGCUCCCGAAGCUCAUCGACUUUUCUGCUCAGAUUGCAGAGGGCAUGGCAUACAUUGAGCGGAAGAACUACAUCCACCGUGACCUGCGAGCAGCUAAUGUCCUGGUCUCUGAAUCACUCAUGUGCAAGAUUGCAGAUUUUGGUCUUGCUAGAGUAAUUGAAGAUAACGAGUAUACAGCAAGGGAAGGUGCUAAGUUUCCUAUUAAGUGGACAGCUCCAGAAGCAAUCAACUUUGGAUGUUUCACCAUCAAGUCUGAUGUGUGGUCCUUUGGAAUUCUCCUAUAUGAAAUUGUAACCUACGGGAAGAUUCCCUACCCAGGGAGAACCAAUGCUGAUGUGAUGACCGCCCUGUCUCAGGGUUACCGGAUGCCCCGCAUGGAAAACUGCCCAGAUGAGCUCUAUGACAUCAUGAAGAUGUGCUGGAAAGAAAAGGCGGAGGAGAGGCCAACGUUUGAUUACUUGCAGAGUGUCCUGGAUGAUUUCUACACAGCCACAGAAGGGCAGUAUCAGCAGCAGCCUUAGCACUCAGGGUGACUUGUCCCUCCAUCAGGGAUGGCUGCCUCAUUUGAUGAGAGAAAGUGACAAUCACUGGUUGCACCAGUUAUCUCACAUGCUGCAAUCAUCUGCCAUGCCUGAUUCCUGAAAGUAGAGGCUAAAUUACUCAGGAAGCACACACUGACCAUGGAAAAGUAUUCUGUUCUCUUAGACUAAUGCCCAGCAGGAUACAGCUUGGACCACACCUUAGCUGGUCACCUUGCUAUGCUACCAACAUCAGAAUACAGCCUCCUGAGAAGAAAACACCUGUUCUCUCCAAAAGUGACCCACACCAACCAUGUUUAUAAUUGGAUGUGUGAAUCAAAGGUUCAGAGACCAUUGCAAAAAUCCCGUUAUAACAGAACUAAACUCAUUUAAAAAGCAUAAAUAACCAGAUGCAUAGCCUGACACUUUGUAUUUUCUUUAUGCUUUGCCUUACUUUAAAAAAAAUUACUAAUACAACCUGCUAGAUAUUACAGGUGAAGUCAGCAACUUAAAAACAUCUUUCCCAGAUUUCAAUGUUUUUGGUUUAUGGGGGUUUCCCAUCCCAGAAAUCUUAGACCUUUAAACGUUUUGCUUUGGUGAACUCUGAUCAGAUCUAGAGCCUAUGGCAGCCCAAAAGCAGCGUGUGCACCCCAAGCCCCCACCCUGCAGGAGCGUCAUCGACUGGGUGGCCCAUGGAAUCCCAACUGCACAGAGCCGGCGCAGACCUCCCAGGGGCAAGGGAAGAUCCUAGGAAACUGCUCUGUCUUGUGGAGGAAUAUUUUUAACAGUCUAACUUUUUCAAUUCCACAAUUUCCUAGAUAAAGACUUAUUUGACAGUGUCAUUUGGAAAAACAGUAAGAUUUUAAUCUUUGCAGAGCCUUAUGGGGCUUUCUAAAACAUAAGCCUUUCCUUUGUUGCUUCAGAUGAUUUGAACUUAUUUUAAGGAUCAAAUACUAAUUUUAGUUGUACUCUAGAUAGUAAACAUGCCAUAUUUGGGGCUAUUUUUGUGAUUCUGCAAUCUUUUCUAAAUUGUCUAAGAUGUGUGAGACUAUUUAUACAUAAGGAUAUGAAGGAAAAUAAGUGACUAAGGGAGCUCUUUGAGCAGCUGUGACAAACGACCCCAGAUGUUUUGUUUACUUGAUUUUUCUACUCUCAGCUUUGAACAGAAACUGCUGUGUCACAUCAUUUCACUUAUACUGUUAUGUGUAUACCUAAUAAUUCAAUUUUUUUUUAUUUUAAUAUACCUGGCCCAACAACAUCUCAGGCUUUUUUUCUUGUGUUUAACAUUUCAACUAUUGCCAUUGUAAAAAUGAAUACCAAUUAGUAGGGAUGGGGGAGAGAAAUGAUUCCAUAUAGCUGUGUGAUAAAAACUUGCAUUUCAGAAUGGAAAAUUGAGGAACUCAUGGCUUGGGCCUAAACAUCUCUUGACGGGGACCAAAUAUGAUUUGUUUUCAAAUGGGGAUUUGCAGGCACCAUUAACAUUUUAUUUUGCAUAUUUCGUUAGGUUCUGGAUACCUCAGGGAAUGAAUCAAAUAUUGUACUUUUCUCUAAGUUUUAAUUUCUGUUUUUCUUCUGUGAUUGUUCAAAUGUCCUUUCUAAAGUAUUCUAAUAUUCUUCAUUCACAAGUGCCAUAUUCACAGACAAAAUAUUACCAUCAAAUGUUUACACAGCUGGUCAUGUGAUUCACAAUGGUAAGUUUUGUACCUAUACCUGCCCUGUUCACAUUUUAUUUCAGAACCACAUGCAUUCCCCAAUAUGUUACAUGGAGGGGAAGUUUAAAGUAUCCAUAAGACAAAGAGAAGUCUCUAGAAAAUUACUAAAAAUUUAUCUCCACUUUGUUUUGCUUUUUUCAAUUCUGCUUCCUUUUCUCAUUUUUCAUUUGACUUUCCCUCUCAAUCAAGCAUUUGAUUAUUUUCUCCUUUGUCAGGAUCUAUCAGAGACACAUACUGCCUAGCCUUCUUCUCAAAGAAAUACUAUGCAAUGGAAGCAGGCACCCUGUCCCUAGAGUUUAUCAAAGGUUAAUAAAAGGAGGAACCAUUUACCCAAUGGAUAGAUCAAGAGCACUGAAAUGAUUAUAAUUAUAAACUCAUUUGCAAUUCUGUUUGUGGUGCCUACUUUCCCUUUAUUUUUCCCCUUGCUCUCAUAAGCAACAUCCGCUACAGGGAUGGUAACUGCUAAAAUGUUCUUAGCACUGAAACACCAGCUUCUGAUACAGUCAACUGAAUUAAACAGAAUGCUCCUACUGCUGUGCUCCCCAACUCUUCUGGUUUUAACCACUGUGUUCCAUAUUCAGGUCAUCAAUGUUUCCUGUUUCCCAGCCAAGAGCAUGUCACAGAUGAAAUCAAAUCUCCCACCUUUCAUCCUUAAGGUCUUCUUUUAUUUUCUCUUGCCUGGUGGAACCAAGACCCCACAUUUUUACUACAAGAAGUUUUUAGAUGAAGUGAAGCUGAGCCUUGCUGUUCAUAAUGAUGGAAGUAGUGAGUAUAAAUACACGAAGAUACCUAUACACCUACCAUUUAUUUACUCAGGACUCUCUUCUGUGCUCUGGCACUUUAUAAAAAUUAUCUCUUAUACAAUACCCUGGAAGAUCUGGCAGCCUAUCUCUGCUUCAAAACUGAGAAAUCAGGUUCCUUUAAAGCCACAGAAUGAAUAGAUUGGCUUUGCUUCAUAUUGUUUUCUUGUGAAAUAAAACUGGUGAAAUGAC